UGUGCAGCAGGUAAACAAACAGGAGAGCGGUGGAAGCGAGCAGCGGCGGCUCUUUGCUGGCUCGGGGCUCCUUCGGGGAAGUUUUAUAUUGUUUAUAUCCGCUUUUUUUUUAUGAAAGGAAAAUUAAUACCUUGUUUCCUAGAAACUUUUAAUACUUUCAUACGCUCGUUUUUUGAAUUUUUCUUACAACUCGCUGGCAUGGAUUGGCUGUAGCUUGCUAGCUUGGAAAAACUGGAUUUUUUUCCCCUCUCCCCCCUCUCUCUCCUGCUUUCGACAAAGGCUGCCGAUGACCCAGCGAAGACACCAGACGAGAUAAUAAUCAUUAUUCGACUUACGAUUAUCAUUUGUUUUUUUUAAGUAAAAUUCAGUUUAGGGUUAUUUAAAAAAAAAAACACGCGAGCUGUCGUCGUCGCUGUCCGCGGAGCUAACGUUAAACCCUGAAGGCAGCAGCUAACAUCAGCCUCGGGGGAGAAUGACGGAGGUUCAGCUGAUCAAUAUCCAACGGUUACUGGAAGCUGCGGAAUAUCUAGAGAGGAAAGAACGAGAGUGUGAACACGGGUAUGCCUCCACGUUUCCGUCAAACGAGGACACGAACUACCAGAGGCAAAGGAAAUUCCGGAAUAAGAAGUUUAGCAGUAACCACAAUCGGUCGACACACAAUGAACUGGAGAAGAAUAGACGAGCUCACCUGCGGCUGUGUCUGGAGCGGUUGAAGUCCCUCAUACCUCUGGGACCUGACUGCAACCGCCACACCACCCUGGGCCUGCUCAACAAGGCCAAAUCACACAUAAAGAAACUUGAAGAUGCGGAUAGGAAGAGCCAGUAUCAGCUGGAGUCUCUGGAGCGUGAGCAGAGGCACCUCCACCGUCAGCUUGAGCUGCUGAGGGGGGGCAGCGGUGCUGUAGCCCAGAGUAGCCCAGGGGAGGGCGAGAGGAUACGUAUGGACAGCGUGGGCUCCACCCUCUGUUCCGACCGCUCGGACUCUGACCAAGAGGAGAUCGAGGUGGACGUGGAAAGCACAGAGUUCUCCCAUGGAGAGCUGGACAGUGUGAGCACGGCCAGCACCAGCGACCUGGACGACCACAGCAGCCUGCAGAGCAUGGCCAGCGACGAGGGCUACUCCUCCUGCAGUGUCAAACUUGCCUUCUCCUCCUAGAGCCCCCCAGCACCAGUACGCCCACCACCAUCGCCGCCACCCCCCCUGCCAAACCCAGCCGCCCUCCCAUCUGUUUAUCCACACAGCAAUGCCUACAUGCAUACACCCGUUCACCUCAGACGACACCCAGGGUCCCAGCUAAUGUCUGAGCAGCACCCCCCCCCCCCCCCCCCCCCCCUUCGCCUGCUCCCAGCAUUUUAGUUGCCCUCCCUGCCAGGGACCCAUAUGAUGUGAGACUGACGACUGGUUCUGGUCUUCUUCUCUUCUUUUAAAGGGAGGUCAGAGACUUGGUUGACGUGAAAAAAAUGAUACAGCAUCGUGAUUUUUAAAACCUUGCAAUUGAAAUGAAUGAUUGAUUUUACUCCUUUUUACUCCAACCCUUAAAAUGUCUGGAUUUUUUCUAAAGAUUCACAAUCGAUCCCCAAUUUGAUUCAAAAUGCACUUAAAUGUAGAGAUAAUUCCAAGUCCCUCCUCCUGUGGGUGUGUGUGUGUGUUUGGAGCUGAUCCUUCGUAUCCCAUCCUGAUGUUGUGGUGUUGGGCCGGGAUAAUCGGGAGCACAUCUAAUCGGGACUUCAAUGAACACUGUGGGUGAACUUUGCCAUAUCAACACAGCUGAAACAACAUCUUUCCAGCCCCUGAUUGAAGCUGGAACACUUGAAUUGGUGCUAUAGUGAGACAAACCAAUGGGAAAGCAGAUCAGAUACACAACCACUAAGCUUUUAAAGCAAACAAAGCAUGUCUGUUAUGAUUGUUUCCAACCAAGUGUGGAGGGAAACAACCCCCCAAAAAUAUAUAUAUGGAGGGAAAAAAUACAUUCCUAUCGAAUGUGGGUGCUCAGUGCAUUUUCAAAGAGUGGAAAUUGUAACUGUGUGUGUGUGUGUGUGUGUGUGUGUGUGUGUGUGUGUGUGUUUGUGUGUGUGUGUGCGCGCGCGCGUGUGUUUUCGUUUAGUUUCUUUCCCCUCGACAAGCAGCUACAACAAGCCAUCCUGCACUUGCCUACUUUAGAGCUGUCCACAGAAACAGCACAAACAAACCAAGAAGUAAAAGAGAGAAAAAGUCCAAACGAAAAAGUCGACAAACUUUGGAAUAGACGCCCAACCUCUUUCCAGCAGUAACAAGCAAUAACUCUUGUAGUAGUUUUUUUUUUUUUUUUGUCCCAUCAGUUUAAAAAACCCUCCCGGUUUCUUUUCCCCUCUCCCUAACGACACGUGUGUGUGUGUGUGACCGUCCAAAAAAACAGAUUUCUAGUUUUUUCUUUGUACAUACAAAUAGCUCAGAUAAAUAAAAGUUUAGAAAAGAGAUUUAAAAAAAAAAAAGGGUAGAGCUCAUGGAUAGACAUGUUGCCUCUGUUGCUGGUUGACCUGUGUUUAUUGUGCUUUUUAGAUUCAGAUUUACGGAAAGAUGUCGUCCUCUACAGAGUGACAGUGGAUGUGGCAUGGACACUAUUUUACUCUGCUCAGUUUUUAUUGAUGAAAACAUUUGAGAGUUACUCGUUUCUGUUGCUUCCCAGAGGAGGAAAGGCGAUUUAUUCUCCAACAAGAUAAAAAAAAACACAAAACAACAAAAACAAAAAAGCGUUGCAGUGAGACGUGUGUUGGAGGAUGUCUGUGUGUCUCUCUCUUAUAAUUUAUUAGACUUUUUUUUCCUUCUUUUUUUUUUCUUCUUGUGUUUGUAUUGUUCAUGAACAGGGGGUUACAAAAUGCUGCAUAUGGCAUUCAUUCCACUGGUGGUCAGGUGUUCUGUGAAACAUCUGAGGUGCAGGGGGGGGGGAGAAAAAAACGGGUUAUAUGAUGAUGUCACUGUUCGCCAUCCCAGCUCCAUUGGUGUUACAGAUUGCACUUCCACCACAGUCCUCCUUACGUUUUUCAGUCCCCGUGAAUCCUCUCAUGUCUGGAAGAGAAAGAAAAACAAACAGCGCCACCGUUUUGAAUAUUUAUUUCUCAAAUCCCUCGAAGAACCCAAGCGACGGGGUGAAAGAAAAGUUAACUUAUUUUACUCCUCCUAUUGAUGAUUAUUCCUCAUUCCUUAUUUUAAGAAAUGUAUAUUUUAUGGGUUAUUGUCGUUAUUAUUAUUAUUCCUUGAUUUUUCUUCAAUUUUUUUUGAGGGGAGGGUCCAGAGGAUGGGAGGGAAUCAGAAGAAAAUGUAGCUGGUUUGUUAUAUAUUCUUUCUUUUUUUUGUUCUUUUUUUUUGAUGGACACUUGAAAUGUAAUUGGUCCCUAAGCUGCUCCUAAUGCUGAGCCCGCCUGUUUAGAGUCGUCAGCCUUGUCCGGAGCCGACUUUCCCACCUCUCCUACGCUAUGCCUGUGACGAUGAAUUCAGAUCAUUAAAAAAAAACAUGGAUAGGCUGAAAAACAAAAAGGGGGGGGGGGGGGGGGGGGGGGCUUCCUCUGCACAAGGCUUAUUUGAUAGCCAAGACUUUUACUGGCAGUUUGAGCCGGUUGCUACACAAUAAACAGGGGUCUAAAACUCCACUUUCCUCUUUCAGGAGGAUUGUAGUCUCUAUUAAACUUGUGUUGUAGUUGAAAAAAAAAUGUGUCUUACAUUUACAAGGCCUCCCACUGAGGAUUUCAAGUGAAAAAGAAAACAAAGAAGAACAAAUCCUUCGCUUUCCUCUGAAGGACGUCAGAGUUUGACAUCAGAGCUCUCUGGUAGAGCCCUGUUGAGGUUGUUGGACAUGGCACUGAAUCAGAAAGUCACCACUGUCGGUGCUCGAUCAUUAAAAUAUACACAAAUGCCAAAACCACCUCAGAACACCUCAGUGUCCUCUCUCUUUAUCUCUUUCUCUCUCUCUCUCUCCGAGGGAAAGUUUGCAUUUAUUCUGCCCCAGUUUAAGUUAUUAACCUUCAUCGUCUCUUCGUUUCUGUUUUUUCUUUUUCAUAUACGCUGGGUUUUUAUGAACCUGCGUUGACGACAGGUAAAAAUGUCCCGUGUUUGGAAAAAAUAAAAUUCACUCCUUUUGCAGAUCGGACACUUGUCUUUUCACCUGCUUGGGGUCCAAAGUGUUUUCUUACAUCAUUGGGACAAAUCUGACAAUGUUGGACAAUGUGUGAAAACGCUCUGGCGCUCAUUGUAUUGUCUCUUGAGGCAAAUUAUUCUGCUCUUGUAUUCUAAAACGGGAUGAAAACGAAUUUUAAGACAGAAGCCAGGUCUGUGCUCUCUCAUGUGUGAGUGUUCAGUGUAUGUGUGUGUGUGUGAGGGAGUGUGUGUGUGUGUGUGUGUGUAGAAAGGCACCUGGUCCAGGACUCGUCUGCACUGAUCUUAGUUUCCUUGCUGCUGCUCAGCACAUAUCAGACUCCGGGACCAGUCUGUCCAGUGUGAGAAAUAAUAAGUGGUGGUGGAGGCUCCAUCACAUAAACUGCAGGUGUGGUUUUGCAUUGAAAGUGAAAGGAACUGUUAAGGUCAGAGCAGACUGGUCCAGGGUCAGUCCAGGUUACUGGAGUUUCUGGCUACGCUGCAAAUUCAAAAAACAAAUGUCAUAUCUACAUAAGCUGUUGAUCACAAAGCUAUAUUUUUACCUCUUUGUUUUAGGCUAAGGUUUAGACCCACAGUCCUGACUGUGCUUCAGGUUGGUGAAUGAGUUGACUUGACUAAAAGUGAACCAGCACAGCAAAGUGGAAGCUGUAUGAAACCACUUUCCGUUCUGGUGUCGGUCCCUCAGGAGGUCGACCCUGAGCAAACGGGUCCACGAGGUCAAGUUGAGCCAAACCAAACGAGCAGGAGUCCUGUUGUUCUGAACCUGUGGCCAUCCUUUGUAAAUCAUGCACUCUGAUAAAUGACUCUAGCCGUGUAAGUUGAAGAUGCAAUACUUACAAUAAAAACACCAAGAUUUUCAAACCUGAA